CCCCUUCCGAGGUCUCGGGGCUCGGUGUUCGCGGCACAAACGACUUCCAGGAGGCUCGCGCUUGCUCACCGGGCUGAAAACGGUCCGGCCGAGCCUCGUCUGAUCGCAACGAUCCUCCAGCGAAAUUCCGAGCAACGCGGCACUUGCCACUCUCUAUAGAAUAUUCGUGAUAACUGGAACCCCGUUAGUUGUUCGGUCGGAUUUCACGUUACUCAGAAUCGUUCGGUGACACGUUCGUCUAUCGGGCAAGCGAGCGACUGCGACCGACUUUCCCGCGAGACGAUGAAAAUGCUGGAAAUACAAGCGAGUCGCGUGGAAAUGCUCGAUCUGGCACGAGAACGAGAAGGAAGACGCGCCCGUGCGCACCAAUGGCGGCCACCGACCCUUAUUUACCGAAGUCAAAAUGGCCGCCCUUCGACUUCUCACGCGUUCCGAACUUUCCGCGAUUAUUCUGCGCUCCGGUUGCCGGCAUCGAUUGUCGGACAACGUUUCGCCGGCCCCGAUCCAGAUUCAGAAAAGAUGGGGGACAUACAAGUCUUCUCCCGAGUAUGACGAAAACUUGAAAUAUGCAGAUUACGAGGUAACAAGAGAUCCAGAAGAAUGGAAAUACGUAAAACGCUUACUCAAACCUAAGCUCAUACCUGAACCCAAGUUUGAAAAUAAAAGUUAUCCAUCCGGUUGGAAACCGCCUACCUCAAAACCAGGAGAUCAUCCGUAUUAUGUACAGCGUACAAAAAAUUAUAUGUUGCCCGUUUAUCUCGAAAUAUCGUUUAGAGGAUUGCGAAGGAUAACUACUAUCAAAAAGAUUCAAGGCGAUAUAUGGACUUUAGAAGCUGAAUUAAAACAAUACCUAGAAACCGCUACAAACAAAAUAAUCGGUAUCCGUAUAAAUGAACUUACUGGUGAAAUCAAAUUGAGAGGCGAUUAUGUAUCCCUUGUAAAAGAAUGGAUGCAUUCCAAAGGAUUCUAAAACGCUUAACAAUCUGUCUUGUCAAUUUAGAUUAAGCGAUCGAUACUUGUACAAGUGAGAUGCAUAAUGUUAUUGUAUUAUUUGUCACAAAGAAAAAUAAAACACUAAGAAAAUA